AUGCUGAGUUCCGUGCAGGUGCUGUCCACGCCCACGGCGGACACACCUGGCGCAUGUCUGCUACUGCACUUUGAGAACCGGCGGUACCUGUUCGGCCAUGUAGCGGAGGGCACACAGCGAAUCACCACGCAGCGCAAAGUUGCGCUCGCCAAAUCGGAAGAGAUCUUUCUCACGGGCCCGAUCAGCUGGAAGAAUGUCGGCGGGCUGCUGGGAAUGAUCCUGACGAUAGCGGACGUAGUCGCUGGGCAGAAAGCAUCGAGGGCUGCUGAGAAUGAGAAGAAGAAAGCAAAGAAUAAGGCACCAGUUUCUGCGGCGGAUGGCAGUGCCCCGGAUUGGCAAGACUCGAAUAUCCAGGUCUGGUACGUGUUACUGAACCCAGAUGGGCCAUCAAAAGCACCUUCUAGGAAGAGGAGCCAUGAUAUGAUCUCGGACCCCGAGGAUGAUGAGGAGAACGGCGGAAUUACAGAAGCUGAGCAAAAAAUCAAUGAUCAACAAACAAUCGAUGCUGUUGUCAACCACAUGUUUGACUCCGACUGGCAACUGGAUGCGUUGGUGGAAACAACCCUGCAUAAGGCUAAACUCCCAGCAAUGCUCUUCGUUAAGGACGAAAAUGGCCGUAUCAAGAAAUAUGAGGGCCCGAUGCCAGGCGGUCUCGUUCAGGUCCCGGAUCUGCCCGUCUUGAACCAGCCCAGGAGAGGAAAGUUCAAUGUCAAGGAGGCAGAGAGACUCGGUGUCAAAAAAGAAGAAUACAAGCUGCUAACACAGGGCAAACCGGUAACCUCCAAGGAUGGGCAGACCGUUACCCCUGACAUGGUCGUUGGAGCGACGAUCGAAGGCGACGGCUUCGCCAUUGUCGACAUUCCAGAUAUUUCCUACGUCGAUGCGUUCCUUGCACGACCAGAAUGGUCAAAUAUCAAGAUCAUGAAGACGGUUCAGGCUAUUUACUGGACGCUAGGUUCUGGUGUGGCUCAGGAUGCUAGGAUCCAGGAUUUUAUGAAGCAACAUCCAUCGAUGAGACACACAGUAUUUUCGACGGAUAUUUGUUCCAACAUUCUUGCCCUGGAAUCACCAGCUGCUGCAUCAAUUAAGAACAAUAGGAUAGAUCCUGAGCGAUUCCCGCUUCUACAUUUCAAUAACCAAGCGUCUGGAUCAAUUGUCUCUGACAAAAUUCGGCCUUUCGAAAUAGCCCAACCAGGCGCAACAAUGCAACUGGCACCUCAACUUUUGUUCCAAGACGACAAGGUUGUACCACUCAUUGAUACGAAGCGAGCCUACCGCGAAGUCCAGGGCGAUGUGCUAUCACUCUGCGAUGCAGCUCGUGCCAAGAUCACUCCAGAGUUCCUAGCAAAUGUUGAAGAAACCGAGAAGGACAUUCCUAAUCGCGAUGCUGAAAUCAUUCCCCUCGGCACUGGAUCCGCUCUCCCAUCCAAGUAUCGCAACGUCUCUGCGACAUUGGUCCGAGUCCCCGGUUACGGCAACUAUCUCUUCGACUGCGGCGAGAAUACUCUAGGCCAGAUCCACCGGUUCUAUGGCUUCGAGGCUGCCGAUGAGAUGUUACGCGACCUCAAAGCCAUCUGGAUCAGCCACCUGCACGCCGACCACCACCUCGGCACAGCCAGCGUCAUCCGUGCCUGGCGAGACGCCACAGCGGCAUCCAACAGCCACAAAGACGCACGGCUUGCCGUGGCGUCGCACGUCAACAUGCUUGACUGGCUGCGCGAGUACGCCGACGUAGAGGACUACGGCUACGACCGUCUGCGUCUGGUCGAGCUUAAAGGGCCACCGGCGCGCGACGGGAUAUGUACGCCCAUUCACUUUGAGGGAGCAGAGCGCGAUGCCUUCGGUCUGUCAAGCAUCGAGGCCUGCCGCGUCGACCAUUGCUUCGGCGCGCUGGCGUGCGUCCUGUCCUGGCCUUCUGGCCUGAAGAUUGCGUACUCUGGAGACUGCCGUCCGUCGAGCACCUUCGCUAAGAUCGGCAGGGGCGCGACAUUGCUGAUCCACGAGGCGACAUUGGAUGACGAGCUGAGCGGUGAUGCCUUGGUCAAGAAGCACAGCACCAUGUCGGAGGCUCUGGGCGUGGCACGAGAGAUGGAGGCGCGCAGGGUUUUGCUGACGCAUUUCUCACAGCGAUACCCGAAGAUACCUGUAUUUGGAAAUGAUAGCGGAGAGAAUGGGGUGAAAGAUCACCAGGUGGUUCUCAUGGCAUUUGAUCACAUGAGGGUCAAGCUGGGAGACUUUCAGCAGGCCGAGCUCUUCCUGCCGGCGCUGAGGAAGCUGUUAGAGGAAGAUGACGAUAAAUAA